AGGAGGUCACGUGAGCAUAUCGUCAAAGCAUGUAAGAUGGCGGUCGUGCAACAACCGACUAUGAACGGAGAUAUUAAUACAAGUUUCACCAUAGGGCCACGGGAGGAAGAUGCUUACACUACUGGAAACCUUCAAGAUGAGAUUGAAAACAUACAGAAAGUUAUUGAAGUCACUCGACAAAAAUUGGAGGAAAUGAAUGCUGAGUUUGGCCGACAUCAGCAUCCCCCUCCGAUGUAUAUUAAGGAAUAUGAAGAGCUUGCAAACAAAAUCCACGAAUUACAGACCCGAGAACAGAAGCUCUUGGAACAAAUGAGUAUUGGGCGUGCCACGCCACCCCCCACCCCUUCUCCAGAGCCUGCUGGUGCCGCAGCAGAACCAGAGCCCCCUGUCCUGUCCCCAGGGCCCCUCACCCCUAACAACAGCUCCAGCAACUUAUGGUCGAUGAACACAGGACAGCGGAGUCCUCAACUCCCUCUUCGCUCACCUGUCGGACACACCAAACACAUCAAGGCAUAUCUACCAGAUAACAUGGUGUCAACUGUGAAUGCAACGCCUAGUGUAACAUUAAGAGAUGGGUUGUACAAAUCAAUGCGCAGAAGAGGACUCGAUCCCAACAAAUGCCAAGUCUUUCGUCAUAAAACAAGGAUUCCACUGACAUGGAACACAGACAUGGCUGAGUUGGCCGGACAGGAAGUGACGAUCGAGUUGAUGGAAAGUGAAGAGGACUUGACCGUUGCCCAGCGAAACACAACACGGGCUGUUAUCCUUUCACACAACUUUGGUCGCAAGACGUUUUUCUCGCUGACUUUCUGUGAUAUGUGCCGCAACCUGUUGUUUCAAGGCAUCCGUUGUCAGACAUGUGGCCUCAAGUUUCAUCAGCGAUGUGAGGAGAAGGUGCCGCGGACAUGUCAGGGUGACCUUGAGUACUACUUCCGUGCUCAGCGAGAAGGAUCACGGGAACAAAUGAGACAGAUACUAGUAGAAGAAGAACAGCGCAGUAGAAGCACACGGAGGAACCAGGGUUUGCCAUCUCCCAGAACAGGUCAUCGUAGUCGGGCCCCAGCUCCACAGCUGGGGCAGAGAGAGCGGUCAACAUCAGCUCCAAAUGUCUGUGUAAAUCUAGUCGAUCAUGGAGAGCAGGAUUUCAGUAGAAGACUGGGAGCACUUGGAUCCAGAUCGCAUCAAGGUCAGCAUUUAAACACUUUGACUCUGCCAGGAGGUCACUCGCAGAGUCCUAGCAAUAGUCCCACGAAGAGCGCUCAGUCCUCGCCAACCAGCGCAUCCAAACAUGUGCGCCCAAGAGCCAAGUCAGUGGAGACAGACCCGGGAAAGAGUCGGAGACCGAGACGAGAUUCCAAUGAGGACUGGGAGAUUCCUAAUGAUGAAAUUGUUUAUGAUCAACGAAUUGGAUCGGGGUCAUUUGGAACUGUGUACAAGGGUCACUGGCACGGUCCUGUAGCUGUGAAGAAGCUGAACGUCACGGAUCCCACACCAGCCCAGUUGCUGGCUUUCAAGAAUGAAGUUGGAGUGUUGAGGAAAACCCGUCAUUAUAAUGUGUUGCUGUUCAUGGGGUGCCUGUCGAAGCCCCAUCUGGCCAUAGUCACUCAGUGGUGUGAUGGCCACAGUCUGUACAAGCAUUUACAUGUGAAGGAGACAAAGUUCAGGAUGGACCAGCUCAUCAUGAUAGCAAAACAAACAGCACAGGGCAUGGAUUAUCUUCAUGCCAAGCACAUCAUCCACAGAGAUCUGAAAACAAACAACAUAUUCUUGACAGAAGUGCUAACAGAGAACAUGACAGUAAAGAUUGGAGACUUUGGACUGGCUACAGUGAAGACCAGAUGGAGUGGUUCCCAUCAGUUCCAGCAACCAUCUGGAUCCAUUCUCUGGAUGGCUCCGGAGGUGAUACAGAUGAGGGAAUCCAACCCCUACACCUUCCAGUCCGACGUUUAUGCCUUUGGUAUUGUCAUCUUCGAGCUCAUGACACAGGAGUUGCCUUACGCAAACAUCAACAACAAGGAUCAGAUAUUGUUCAUGGUUGGAAAAGGCUACCUGCGGCCAGACAUGACAAGAGCACGGACAGACACGCCCAAGACCUACAAGCGUCUCGUUCUUGAUUGUGUUUGUUAUGACAGGGAAACAAGGCCCCUGUUCCCUCAAGUGUUAGCUAUUUUGGAGAACUUAUAUUUGUCUAUACCAAAGAUCAAGAGAAGUAAAUCGGAGCCUGCCAUCCACAGAACAGACUCUUUUGACAUGGAAUUUAAAUAUAUGUGUGCAUCACCAAAGACUCCUAUUAAUAGUCAAUUUGGACAUUUCUCAUUUUUUUCCCAACUACUGAGUGCUGUGGUGGACGGUGGCGAUGUCGGUGGCCGCAGUCACCUUGUGGCCACCUGAACAGACCCGAUAACCUGCGACAGCUGCAUGUACAGUCAGAUGAUCUCCUUCCAGUGCCCCCUGGUGGCAGUAGGACAAGACCUUGACAGUCACAUGUACGCUGUUGACGGGCUCCCUGCCCGCCUGACCGCCGCCCACUUGCUGGCCUGCUCGCCGCACAUGCACGGUGGUGGACUGUAUCUACCAUGUCUUUCUCAUUAAUGCAGUAGCCUCAUUCCAGGUGCUUGCUGUCCCAUCAGAAAGAGGCCGACCCAGGUUGCGCUAAGUCCGACUUAGGGGCUGGUUCAGAUUUAUGUUCAAUUGCAGACCUAUGAAUCUGUGAGAUGAAAUAUGUUGUCAGUCGUCAUGAUUGAACUGUUGUUGGCCGAUUUUUAUGAUGUUGCUUUGUGAUUGGCUCCUGAGUUCGAAUAAUGUGUUCAAAAUGCUUUUGAAGUGCUAACGGAAGCGAUAUUGCUGGCGUCUACUCUGACGAGGAAAGGAAGGAUUUGUUGAUUGAUUCUGGCAUCAGCCAGAGAGUGUGGAAUAUAACAGUUUGUGAUAUCUGCUCGGGAGAGUGACAUUUGAUGAUGGACAAAGUGAAAGCAACUCAGAAGCGACGACGAUGAUGACGACAUCGGUCACCACAACUGACUGUCUUCUUUCUGAUCAACAGUCCAUCUGUGCUCUGCCAAAUUAUUUAUGGUUGUAUGUGUACAUUAUGUAAAUACUUCUCCCUUAUGUAAAUAUGUGACUUCCCACAUACUGAAUGGGUGGGGUUAUAUGGGGUUUAG